UAUUCUUUUCUGAUAUUCAAAUUCCAUGUCAUUUUCGAUUCCGAUCGCAAUCAAACGCAUUAGGAAGGUAGCGAUUCCGAUUUCCAUUCCAAUAAUUUAUUCCGAUUCCGCCCGACAUUCCUGCCCUCUCGUCCCCUUUCUUCUUCGCCCUCAUCGUCCCGUGGUCGCUGUACAACGCAAAAGAAGGGCGAAGGAAUUUGGAUCAAAAGACGUUCCCUUCUCUUCGCCUACCAUCCACAAUCGUCCAAAGAUAAAAUCGAUCCUGCCGAUAACAGGACAAGGAGAAAGGUCCUUCUCGAUCACCAAUCGCUUGGUUUCCCGUGUCAUAGCGAGACAGCAUGGAUCACCUUGAUGGUUGUGCCCGCCUCAUGAUUGUUUCUGAUCUUGAUAAUACAAUGGUUGAUCAUCAUGACCCGGAGAAUCUUUCACUACUUAGGUUUAAUGCAUUGUGGGAAUCUGAAUACCGCCGUGACUCUCUGCUGGUUUUCUCAACUGGGAGAUCCCCUACUUUGUACAAGCAGCUAAGGAAGGAGAAACCCAUGCUAACCCCAGAUAUAACAAUAAUGUCGGUGGGUACAGAGAUAACAUACGGUGAAUCAAUGGUGCCAGAUGAUGGUUGGGAGCAUUAUUUAAAUCAGAAGUGGGAUAGAAACAUUGUUGUUGAGGAAGCAUCUAAGUAUCCUCAGCUAUCAUUCCAGUCAUCAACAGAACAGCGAGCGCACAAGGUUAGCUUUUAUGUGCAGAAGGGGCAGGCAGAAGAAGUAAUGAAAUCUCUUUCAGAACGUCUGGUGAAACAUGGGCUAGAUGUGAAAAUAAUUUACAGUGGUGGCAUGGAUCUAGAUCUAUUACCGCAAGGGGCUGGCAAAGGACAGGCUCUUGCAUAUUUGCUCAGAAAGUUCAAGUCAGAUGGUAAGCCACCAAUUAAUACUCUUGUUUGUGGUGACUCUGGCAAUGAUGCAGAAUUAUUCAGCAUUCCAGAAGUUCAUGGUGUGAUGGUCAGCAAUGCUCAAGAAGAAUUGUUGCAGUGGCAUGCACAAAAUGCUAAGAAUAAUCCUAAGAUAAUUCAUGCUACUGAGAGGUGUGCUGCUGGUAUUAUCCAGGCUAUAGGCCAUUUUAACCUGGGUCCUAACACGUCUCCCAGAGAUACUGCAGAUUUGUCAAGUUGCAAGGUUGAUAUUUUCAGUCCUGGGCAUGAAGUUGUGGUGUUUUACAUAUUGUAUGAAAGAUGGCGCCGAGCUGAAGUUGGAAACGAUGAACUAACCAUUCAGAAUAUGAAAAAUAUCUGUCACCCAAGCGGGAUACUUGUCCAUCCCUCUGGAGUUGAGUGUUCUCUUCAUGAGUGCAUAGAUGCAUUUGCACCCUGCUAUGGUGAUAAGCAAGGAAAACAGUUCAGAGUGUGGGUGGAUAGAGUUUCAUCUUCUCAGAUUGGUUCAGAUGCUUGGCUAGUCAAAUUUGAUAAGUGGGAGCUGUCUGAUGAAGGGCGGCAAUGUUGUCUGACUACUGUUCUGCUGAACUUGAAGCCUGAUACCCCACAAGGGUUUGCUUUGGUACAUUUUCAUCAAACCUGGCUGGAUGGAUACGCGGGAAGCGAUCAACGUCUGUGGAUCUUCUAAGACAAGACACCUGCCGUGGAGGAUGGCCCUUUCACUUCUGGUAGAAUAAGACAGCCAGUUUUUAUUUUUUUCAGUCCUCAAAACAUAAUGUUCAUGGUGUAUCGCAAACGUUGUUCUAGGAACAUAUCUGCCUUUUCAAGUACUUAUCGUCGUAACACCAUCCUUCUGAUGCUUCUGAAGAAAUGAUAUGAGAAUAACAACAAUUUGUUGAUCUUUGGCUUA